AGCGGAGGAGACAGCAUGACUAAGCACAGCUGCGGCCCUGGCGCCAAGAAAUGACGUCCCGGGAAAGUCGAUUUUGGAUUUCCGCCGCCCAAUCUCCGCCUGGCCUCCGCCCGCUGCGCUUCUCCCGGGAACUUCGCUGGCUUCAAUUCUCCCGCGGUGGAAUGAUAUCAUUUGUCCGCUCCUCUCUGUCUUGUGCCUUGUUUAUCUGCCAUUUCCUCACACCAUGACUUUGUAUGCUAUGCAAUGUUCCUCUUGAUUAAGCUGGCAAAAAAGAUAAAGAGCGCCAAAACUCGAAACCUAGCAGCUACUAGCCUAGACCUCCCCAUCUGGCCAGCCCUUUUUCCUUUCCGCCAUCAUACAAUUUGCGACGACGGGAGUUACUAUCUACAAUACUUUUGGGUGGCUGCUCGUUUUUCCGGUCCCUAAAGACCCCCGGCGCAACUCGUCCAAUAAUUUAAGACCGCAAUAGACGGGCGCCGGCCUCCCGUCUUCGAUAGUAUUUUUAUAGGAGUUGGAUUGGGAGCAUACAUCUUUACCCGCCAAAAGUUGGCCAAUCCUCGAGCCCUUUCCUGUUAACGGCGUUUCUACACCAUCCGCGUUACCGCCGGCUUAUUUCCUCCCCCACACGAACUUAUACGAAUGCCAACACCCCCAACUCACCCAAACAUAUAUACACAUACGUAUAUACAACUCACAUAAUGUCCACCACAACCCUCUCCACAACGGCACCAUCAACCUCAAACCAACAACCCGCCUCCCCCCCAGAAUCCACCGACCCCACCACUGUCCUCCUCACCUACCUCUCUUCCCCGUCCUCCACAACCACCGUCCUCGACGACCUCCACGCCUCCCUCCUCAGCUCCCUCCAGCGUUGCGGCUGGACAGAACAGGUGCGCGGGCUCGCACUUGACCUUCUCCGCGGCGGACACUGUGACCGCUUCGAAGAAGUCGUCGACACUGUCGUUGCGCUUGCGACGGGUGGUGAUGAUGUGACACCGUCGUCGUUAGCGAUAGCGAGGGGCCGGAAACGGAAGAGGAGGUCACAGAUGAUGAUGCGGGCAAGAUUGAAGAGGGCGAAGAUUGAGGAGGGGGAUGGUGGUGUGAUUCAAGAGAAUGGAGAGGUUGGGAAGGGGCCUGGGCAUGGGCAGAGUGACGACGAUGCUGACGCUGACGCGGAUGCUGAUGGUGCCGAUUAUGGUGAUGGUGGUAAUACUGAGGAGGACUAUUCUGGAAACGGAACUUUGGAUGAGUUUCCGGAUAUUCGCAUCCCGCAGGCGGCUGUUGCGGAGGGUGUUAAGAUGCUACAUGAAGCUCUAGAAGGGGUGUUUGUGGUGGAAGGAGGUGGGGCAGCGGAGUCAACUUGUUCGAAUAUCACCACCACCGGUGAAACUGACAGUAACAAGGGCCAGCACCACCACCACCAGCAGCAGCAGGAUAACCACAAAAAUAAAUCAGGACCAACAUCGAUAACGAAUGGUGUUGCUAACACCAAUGGCGUCGCCACACUCCCGAAAAAGCCGCCCGUUUCCUUAUCAUCCUCAUCCUCGCUAUCUUCCUUAAAAACAACCAGCACCACCAGCAGCAGCAGCACUAGUAGCAAGAGUACUACUAAACUCAAGUCUGCGGCCAAGGGAAAACUGCAGGAAAAUGGGGAUGGAAGAGCGGCGAAGAAGACGAAGAAAGGGUGAGAGAUAUAAAGAUUCUCGGGGCAGAAUCGCUCGCCUUGGUGGGGAAGCAAUAUUCCCUCUACAUACCUAGGUACUUGAACAACACCCAACAACAUCUCCUCCUCUCCCUCUUUUGUAUUCCCCCAAUACUUGCUCCUCUAGCCUUAUUAUCCUUACCUCCUUACCAUACCCUACCUACUCCAACCGCUCGUGCAUAUCCCGCUUUAAAAAUCCAUGCACCUCAGCUUGGAACGGAACGGAGCUAAACAUCGGAUGAAAAGGAAAUGGCUUUACUCUCAAGAAACAAUACAUCCCCAUGUCCUAGCCAUCCUCUCCCUCCAAGCCCGGUCCCCGUCUUGUUUUUCUUCCUAUUCCGUUUUUCCCUCUCUAUCCAUUUUAUAGACGACACUUUUGUCAUGCCAUACACACGAAACACAGUCAGAUAUAUCUUUAUCUAUGGUGCAUUCUCCGUUAUACCGUCUCGAAUACAUUCCUGUAUAUUAUAUUAUAUUCGUUUCUUCAUCGCUAACUACUGCCUUCUCUUUUCUUUCCCAUCUGUUUUGCGCUCAUCAUUUUCAUCAUGAUGGUUCAUCAAUGUCAUAAGUAAGAAUGUUGCUAUUUAAAGGAGGCAGUAGGAUCGGAUCCCUUUCCAUUUCAUUUCACUUUUUUUUUUUAUUUUAUUUUUUUUUGGAGGCACAUAUAUUAUUCCCUACGAUUUCCCAUUUAUCAUUCUCCUACCUACCCUUCCUUGCAUCCGUUCCCUGGAUUCAAGUACACUAUUACUGAACAUUUCAUUAUGAUUCCUCUUUUCUUCUCUUUCUCACGGCUUAUUUUAUUUGGUUGUUUUUUUUUUUAUUCAUUUCAAUUUCAUUCAUCACCAUAUUCCUUUCUUCCCUCUCUUGUAUCAUACAUACAUAGCCUUAGGGCGCGCCGUAUUUCUAAUUAACUCUCUUAAUUCCGCGAUGCUCUUCCCCUCCCCCCUUCACGACACACAACUACUAUCCCAAAACAAAAGAAAACCGUCAAAACGAGGGGGAAAAGAAAAGAAAAGAAAAACCUAAAUAGAUUUCUUUCAUCUGCAAGUCUACAAAAUCACCUACGAUAUUUACAUCCCCUCCCAAGCGCCCUUCCCCCCGCCCCCCGAUCAACUCCACCUUGUUCUGUUAUUAUAUUUACAUAUCCGCGCAUAUAACGUCUAAUGCCAUCCAUAGCCCGCUAUCCAUCGCACAGCAGAAAAACCAGCAGAAGAAAAUAUGUAAAUAUGCAUGGGUGAGAGAUUUCGCUACAGAUGGGAAGAAUGCCAAUGAGCAUUAAUUAUUAUACCAAUUUCAAAAGCUAUGCGCAGUAGUUAGAAUUUUUGGAAUGUUUUAAACAAAACGAAUGUAAAGGAUAACACUAACGUAGAACUACAGAUAGAAAAAAUAGAAAAAUAGAAAAAAAUAAGCCAA